AUGAGGGGUAUCGACCCCCGAUUACAUGAACGUCUACCACUGUCCAUGUUUACUCAUGCCAUGGCAGUGCAUCUAAACCUUGAAAUUUUAGAACUCGCCAGAAAUGCAGGACAAAAUGUUCUCAAUCUCUCUGAUUCAAGGGAAAUACUCCCUGAUUACAAGGUAAUCCCGCAGGCGAUUGUUGACUACAUUUCACAUGUAGCAUGCGUCAUUACUCAGGAUGAGAAAGAAGUAAGAAUAAACCUCCCACCUGCAGCUAUACCACAAGGUCCGAUCCAUUUAAAAAAUAUAGAACAACCAAGCGGAUCAUUUGGGCAGAUAAACCCAGCAAAUCACAAUUUAUACGAAUGCUACGUCUCUCCACUCGUUACAUCAAAUCGAGUAUUAGCACCAAUGCAAAAUCAGUCAGACUAUCUACCGUUGCCAGACGCUUUCAUACCUGGACAACUUCUACCAAAUAGGAAUUUAUUAGGAUACUAG